UGCCUCUCUUGCUGUUUGUGUGGGCCUGUGGUGGCGCUUGCUUACCGUGUUUUUACUUUUCAGCUGCUAAACCCUGAAGCGCCAUGUCCAAGCCCUUGUCCGACCAUGACAGGAAGAAACAGAUCUCGGUGCGAGGCCUGGCUGGGGUUGAUAAUGUUGCCGAGCUGAAGCUGAACUUCAACCGGCACCUCCACUUCACGCUUGCCAAAGACAGAAAUGUGGCGACAAGAAGGGAUUACUACUUCGCUCUUGCCCACACAGUGCGGGACCACUUGAUCAGUAGGUGGAUCCGAACCCAGCAGCACUACUAUGAGAAGGACCCCAAACGUGUGUACUACAUCUCUUUGGAGUUCUACAUGGGGCGCACCCUCCAGAACACCAUGGUGAACCUCGCCCUGGAGAAUGCCUGUGACGAGGCCACAUACCAGUUGGGUCUGGACAUGGAGGAACUGGAGGACAUGGAGGAAGACGCUGGUUUGGGAAACGGCGGCCUUGGCCGGCUUGCCGCCUGUUUCCUGGACUCCAUGGCGUCGCUCGGCCUGGCUGCCUAUGGUUACGGUAUUCGCUAUGAAUUCGGAAUCUUCAAUCAAAAAAUAAUGAACGGCUGGCAGGUUGAAGAGGCUGAUGAUUGGCUGCGCUAUGGCAACGCCUGGGAGAAGGCACGUCCGGAGUACAUGCGCCCUGUGCACUUCUACGGAAGGACCGAGCAUAACAGUGAUGGUGUCAAAUGGGUUGACACUCAGGUAGUUCUGGCUUUGCCAUAUGACACCCCGAUACCCGGCUACAGAAACAACGUUGUCAACACCAUGAGGCUGUGGUCUGCAAAGGCACCAUGCGAAUUUAACUUAAAAGACUUUAACGUCGGUGGCUACAUUCAGGCUGUGUUGGACCGAAACCUGGCUGAGAACAUCUCCCGUGUGCUAUAUCCCAAUGACAAUUUUUUUGAGGGCAAGGAGCUGCGUCUGAAGCAGGAAUACUUUGUGGUUUCUGCUACCCUGCAAGACAUCAUCCGCCGUUUCAAGGUCUCCAAGUUUGGCUGCAGGGAGGUUGUUCGCACGGAUUUCAGCAAACUGCCUGACAAGGUUGCCAUCCAGUUAAAUGACACUCACCCGGCUUUGGCUAUUCCUGAGCUGAUGAGAGUUCUGGUGGAUGAUGAAAAACUUGAAUGGAAACAGGCUUGGGAUGUGUGUGUGCAUACGUGUGCCUACACCAAUCACACAGUCCUCCCAGAGGCUCUGGAGAGAUGGCCCGUGGACUUGUUUGCCCAUCUGUUGCCCCGUCACCUUGAAAUUGUCUAUGAGAUCAAUCGUCGCCACCUGGAGAAUGUUGCUGCAAAAUUCCCUGGUGAUGUAGAUCGACUGCGCCGUAUGUCCAUUGUUGAGGAAGGGGGACAGAAGAGGAUCAACAUGGCCCAUCUGUGCAUUGUGGGCGCGCAUGCGGUCAACGGCGUCGCCCAGAUCCACUCAGACAUCCUCAAAGCCACUGUCUUCAAGGACUUCUAUGAAAUGGACCCACAUAAGUUCCAGAACAAGACUAACGGCAUCACUCCUCGCCGCUGGCUGGUGAUGUGUAACCCUGGCCUGGCUGAGGUCAUCGCCGAGAGAAUUGGUGAGGAUUUUAUCCGUGACCUGGACCAGCUGCAGCGUCUGCGCAAGUUUGUGAACGACGACACUUUCAUCCGCGAUGUUGCCAAAGUGAAGCAGGAAAACAAGCUGAAGUUUUCCGUGCACUUGGAGGAGCACUAUAAGGUGAAGAUCAAUCCGAACUCCAUGUUUGAUGUUCAAGUCAAGAGAAUCCACGAGUACAAGAGGCAGCUGCUCAACUGUCUGCACAUCAUCACCUAUUACAACCGAAUCAAAAGAGAACCCAACAAACAGUGGACUCCCAGAACCGUCAUGAUUGGAGGAAAGGCUGCUCCUGGCUACCACACUGCCAAGAUGAUUAUUCGUCUGAUCACAGCUAUCGGCGAAGUGGUCAACAAUGAUCCUGUGGUGGGAGACCGGCUCAAAGUCAUCUUUUUGGAGAACUACAGAGUCACACUGGCUGAGAAAGGUAUACCUGCUGCGGACCUCUCGGAGCAGAUCUCCACGGCUGGCACAGAGGCCUCUGGCACGGGCAACAUGAAGUUCAUGCUCAACGGCGCUCUGACCAUCGGAACCAUGGAUGGAGCCAACGUGGAGAUGGCUGAGGAGGCAGGCGAUGACAACAUCUUCAUCUUCGGCAUGAGGGUGGAUGAUGUCGACGCCAUGGACAAGAAAGGAUACCAUGCAGGAGAGUAUUACAACCGCCUGCCUGAACUAAAGCAAGCUAUUGACCAGAUUGCUGGUGGCUUCUUCAGCCCAAAGCAGCCUGACCUGUUCAAAGAAAUUGUCAACAUGUUGAUGCAUCAUGACAGAUUCAAGGUCUUCGCUGACUAUGAAGAUUAUAUUAAAUGCCAAGAGAAAGUCAAUGUGCUUUACAAGAACCCCAAGGAAUGGACCAAGAAGGUGAUCUACAACAUUGCUGGGUGUGGCAAGUUCUCCAGUGACCGCACCAUCGCCCAGUACGCCCGUGAGAUCUGGGGGAUGGAGCCCACACUUGAGAAACUUCCUAAUCCUGAUAAACUAGACUAAACAGUCCAUUGUCUUCAACAUGUGAAUGGUUGAUGUUUUUAUUGUAAAAAAAAAAAAAAUUGCCAAGUUGGAAUCUGUGCCUGGGUGGUUAAAGUUCAUUCAAAAAGGUGAACCCACACAUUUUUAAAAUCAAAUUCUACAUGCAUCCCCACACAGCGCCACAAACAAAACCCAUAAGCGACAUACACUGCGUACGUCAUUUACAUAUAAAAACAAAAUCACAGCUUGCAGCCAUGUUCGAGGGAUGCAGCGAUUGCAAUUAGCUGCUGUGAAGUGGAUCAAGGAGCUUUGUGUGGGGCUUUGUGAAUUGACAGGGGAUUUUUUUUUGAAAUGCAAAAAUCUCAACUUGCACUUGCACUCAAACCCAUUCUGAAUAAAAUCUGUCAAAAUACA